UCCAUCAUUUAUUUAUGUCUUCUAGAUUCUACGUACCUUACCGAUUGAGGGGAGUAAACACGACAGUUUACUUGACUAGUCAGUGGCCGGGAACUUGCUCACAAACUUCUCAUCAUCAUCCUAAUCAUAUUCUUCAACUACUAUAAAUUGUAUAUACAAUCCGUCCUAUUCUUUUUUUAAGUCAUCUGAUACAACUUACAUUAUAAUGAACUCGGACUGAUCAAUCUCUUCGGUUGUGGUUGUGGCUUUCGUUAAGGGUUGAUCCAACACCCCAAACUAACCUAUAUAUAUUUCAGAGAGCUCAACAGUUAGAUUAAUCCCCUACUCCAAUGUUUAUAUAAAUGAUGGGCUCGAAUUUGUGAUCUCAAAGUCACAAGCAGGUGAAUCUAUUGACUACAUAUACAUCCAGAAAGCUCACUCGGUAGCUGAAGGAACCGAACAAGAAUGGCAGAUAUAUACAGUACAGUUCAAUUCACUAUCCAAUUAUUGUUACCUUUAAUCAAAGAUGAAGUGUCCUUAAUGUAUGGUUUGCAAGACCAAGUCAAAGAUAUCUGCAAUGAGCUGAAUAGCAUGUUAGCAUUGCUAAGGGAUAUGGAUAAGAGGGCCGAGGAAGAUGAUGAGUCUGUAAAAGAAUGGAUAAAACAAGUAAGAACAUUGGCUGAUGACAUAGAAGAUGUCGUUGAAGCAUAUAAGCAUUACCAAAAAGAAAAUGCAUUUGGUAAGGUGAUGCAGCAUAUGUCACUGAAAGUACGAAACAUUGCCUCCACAAUUGAGUCUUUGCGCGAAAGGGCAAAAGAACUCGGUAGGAGAAAAGACAUAUACUCCUCCUACUCCUACAUCAGGAGUAGUAGUAGCAGCAGCAGUAGUAGUGUUACUCUGCAGGAGCACAACUGCAUCCGAAUUCAAGGAGCUUAUCAACAUACAAGUACUCCUGUGUGCAUAACCCAGGAAUAUGAAUUGGUGGGUGUUGAAACAGCUAAACUAGAUUUAAUAGGGCUGCUAGGCUUACAGGAUUUCGAGGAUUCGAGGAUAUCUCCAAUGAUAGCUGUGAUUGGCAUGAGAGGGCUUGGAAAGACAACAGUUGUUGGGAGUGUUUAUAAUGAUGCAACAGUAAAAGACUACUUCCCUAUCCGUGCUUGGGUUCAUGUAUCCCGGCCAUACAACCAUGUCGACGUACUGAAAAGCAUGAUCAAACAAUUUUAUGAGGCAACUAAAGAAAUCAAUGUGCUUCAUAAAAUUUCAGCUUGCAGGAUCAAUCAUUGUAACGAUGAUGGAAGGCCAGACAAGAAUGCAGACGCCUACACUACACUUAAUCGGACUGACUCCACUGAUGUAGUGUCCUUGCAGAAUCUUGUGAGAAGCUAUCUGAAGGAGAAGAGGUACAUGGUUGUUAUUGAUGAUAUUCAAGAUCAUGACAUGAAGUUGGCAAAUUACAUCAAAAGUGUGUUACCAAUUGAUAAUAACAAAGGCAGCAAAAUAUUAAUGACUACACGCUACGAGAAUGUAGCCCGUACUUGGCUUGAUGGUUCAAAUCAUGGUUUAUACAAACUCAAGCCUUUAACAGAAGAAAAGGCGUUGGAGUUGUUCUGCAAGAAGGCAUUUCAAAGCCAUAGAGGAGAGUGUCCCUCGUCGUUGCAAGAUCUAACUCGCGACAUUGUCAAAAGAUGUGAAGGGCUGCCACUCAUUAUAUUAGAAAUGGGCCGUUUUCUAUCUAUGAGGUCAGAUGACCCUUAUGAAUGGAAAAAAGUGCAUCAAUGCCUUGGGUUUUACCUGCAACAAGAUUAUCUAACAGGAGUUCACAACAUCCUGAUUCGCAGUUACCACAGUUUGCCAAGUCGCCUGAAGCCUUGUUUCCUGUACUUUGGUUUGUUUCCUAAAGGUCGUCCUGUUGAUCGAAUGCAGCUCAUUCGAUUAUGGAUAGCUGAAGGUUUUAUCGGAGAAAGCAGUAACUUGACGCUCGAAGAAGUUGCUGAAGAAUACAUCAAUCAACUUAUUGGUAUGAACAUAGUUGAAGUUGAGCGCACAGAUGCUACUGGCAAACCUAAGACAUUACGAGUCCAUGAAUACCUGCAUGAAAUAAUCCUUUCUAAGGUAAAGGAGUUCAAUUUUUGUCACACUCUUCCAGAUAAGAACUCCAACAUUAUUGAUUUAAAUGUGGAGCCUCGACGAUUGUCCAUCAACAUAGACCAUAGCUUCAAUAAUGCAGUAGCGAAUCCAGCAAAGGAGAUUGUUAUCAGAAGCAAGUCGAACACCCGGUCCAUCCUGCUGAUAACAGAUUCAACAGCACCAGUAAAGCUAUGGCCCAAGGUGUUAACUAAAGCAUUGAACAACAAUCGCCAGCUGAAAGUUCUUGAUCUAUGUAAUGCUCCCAUAGAUGAACUUCCAAAGGAAGUGGGAAAGUUACUCAACUUGCAGUAUUUAAGCCUAAGAAAUACACGAGUUAAAAGGAUGCCAAGCUCUAUUGGUAAGCUUCAAGAUCUCCAAACAUUGGAUUUGAAACAAACUCCCAUUCAUGAGCUUCCUGCUGAAAUCAACGAGCUCCACAAACUAAGCCAUCUUCUUACAUAUUGCUAUGAGCAUGAUCCUGCUUUUAGUCUCCACACCAUGAAGACGAUAGGAUUGAAGUUACCAAAGGGGGUAUUGGAGAAUUUUGGGGAGCUACAGAAGCUGGCAUUUGUUGAUGUGGAGCAUAAUAGUACUGUGAUCAAGGAGCUAAGAAAUUUGAGGCAGUUGAGAAAGCUAGGAAUCGUUGUGCUCAAGUUGGAAGAUGGGAAAGAUCUCUGUGCUGCAAUUGAAAAGAUGGAAUGCCUUCAGGCAUUUAGUGUAUAUUCGAAAAAUAUGACUGAAUGGAUGGAUUUAGAGCAUUUCCAGUCGCCUCCUUCAACACUUAAACGCCUCUAUCUGAAUGGACCGUUGAUGCCACCAUUCCCUAGCUGGAUCCUCGAGCUCCACUGCCUAGUGAAAAUUCGUCUAAGGUGGUCAUGCUUAGACGAUGUUGAUCCCCUUGAAUGCCUGGAAACAUUGCCUAGUUUAGUGGAACUUCAGUUGUUAGAUGCAUAUUGUGGUGACACUUUAAAAAUUGGCGCUGCAGGGUUCAAGAAGCUUAAGAUCCUCCAUCUCCUUGAUUUGCAAGCUCUCAAGACUUUGACUAUAUACAAAGGUGCUUUGCCUCUACUUCAGCAUAUGGCAAUCGGCGUAAGUCCGAGACUGGAGGUGCCACUGGGAAUCAAGUACCUCCCGAGGCUAGAAACACUCACUUUCUUUGAUACACCAUGGGAAUUUGAUCGUAGCCUUCUACAAGAUGGGCAAUAUCAUUCCGUUGUCAAACAUGUACCUGAUGUUAGAUUUCUAAAGAGUGGCCAAAGGUUCUGGCACACAUGAAAACAUGCUAAAGCAGAAUAAUACAAGUAUAAGCAAAUUCAUAUUGAGAGUAAUUAUAACAACUUCCAUGAACUUCUAUAUAACUGUUCCGAUGUAAUUAAGUCUCUGUUAUAAGUCUGAAUACCAUAUAAUUAAUUGCUAAUAUUGGAUCUAGUUCACUGUCAA